AUGCCUCUUGCUGCUGUCCAGAACCCUCCGGCGCCGACAGAGUCCAAGUCUGCAAAGAAGAAGAAGGCCAAGGCUGAGCAGCAGCGCACCGACUCACCCGCCCCAACAGCUUCUCCCGCUCCCGAGAAGGCUGCUUCAGUCUCUGGUGACGAUGCUGCUGAGAGUCCCUACGUCAAGGAGCUCCAGAAGAACAUUCGCAAUGUCGCCAAGAAGAUUAGCAAUGUCAACAAGACCGUCGACUUGAUUAGCCAGUACAAGGGCAAAUCUCUCGACGAGCUUGUCGCUGCCAAGAUCAUCAACCCCGACCAGAAGAGCCAGAUCUCCAAGAAGCCGCAACUUGAGUCCCAGCUCGCUCAGCUCGAGGAGCAAGUUGCACAGUACAAGAAGGUGGACGAGGAAUACCGAUCUCGUGGUGCCGCUGACAAGGCCAAGCUUGAGAAGGAGCUUACUGAGAAGCUGGAGAAGGAGAAGGCCGAUGCUUUGGUUGCUGUUACUGCCAAGGCCGCUGCCGAUAUCCAAAAGGCCCAGCAUGAUGGCCUACUUGUCCUUUCGCAAUUUCUACGACUGGCAGCCGCUCGGCGAUCGGAGGAUGCCGACGCAGGCCUGGACGAGAACAUGGCCUUGGAGGGCGUUCUUCUGAAUGUCUACUCUGGUGACGAGAACGCUGUCUCCACCAUGCUCAAGCUCAUUGAGGGCUCGGAAGAGAAGACCCGAAGCGUCAGUGGUGAUGAGCUUCAGACCACUUUUGCCCAAGUCAAGGAGGCUUCUACAACCCACGCCAAGACGUUCGCCGUUGAGGCCGAGACUGAGGCCGAGACUGAGGCCAAUGCUGUACCUGAGGCAGUAGAGUCAGCCCCUGCCCAGUCCACAUCGAUCGAGACCGACCCUACCAUUGCCUAUGCUGGCUUGACCGAGAUCGACACCGUCAAUACCUCUGUUGCGCCCACAAACGGACAUGCUGAGCCGACUUCAGCCUCGGGUAUCCCCGCCAGCGCCAAUGUUGGCGAUGAGGCCGCCAAUGCUGCCGCUGAAUCUCAGUGGGACCCUGCCAGUAACGAUUUGAGCGCCUCGGUUACACAGGAGGACUGGGUUAAGGUUCCCCGUGACCCUGCCGAGACGGAGACUGGUCUUGAAGCUACGCCUGCCGCUACUGGACCUGUUCAGUCCUGGGCUGACGACCAGCCCGAGCAUGCCACCGAGGCCCCUGCCCAAGCCGACGAUGGAUUCCAGUCUGUCCAGCGCAACCGACCUCGCGGCCAGGGUGACAACAAUGGUCACCGCGGUCGAGGCAGAGGUGAUGGUUACCGUGGACGCGGUCGUGGCGACGGCCGUGGCAGAGGUCGCGGUCAGGGCCGCGGUAACUUUGGCAACCGUGGCGCUCGACGUGGCGGAGAGUCGUAG